AUGGAGCGGGCAGCGGGACAGGGACAGGGACCGGGACAGGGACCGGGGCGCUGGGCCGCCACCGCCUGCGUGGUGACGGGCGCUUCCCGCGGCUUCGGCCGCAGCCUGGCGCGGCUGCUGGCGCCGCAGCUCGGGCCCGGCUCGGUGCUGAUGCUGCUGGCGCGCUCCGCGGAUGCGCUGGCCGAGCUGGCGACCGAGCUGCGCGCCGGGGCCACCGGGAGCGGCCCCGAGAGCGGCCCCGGCAGCAGCGGGCUGCGGGUGCAGUGCGUGCCCGCUGACCUGGGCUCCGAGGAGGGGCUGCGGAGGGCGGGCGCUGCCCUGCGGGAGCUGCUGCGGGACGAGUCCUUCGGCCGCCUGCUGCUGGUCAACAACGCCGGCUCCUUGGGAGACAUCUCCAAAUCCUUCCUGGACCUCACCGACCUGGAGGAGAUCAACUCCUACUUCUCCUUCAACAUCAGCUCUGCCCUCUGCCUGACCUCCACGGCCCUGAGGGCCUUUGGGGCACGGCCAGGCUGCAGCAGGACCGUGGUGAACAUCUCAUCCCUGUGUGCCCUGGAGCCCUUCCCCAGCUGGGCCCUGUACUGCUCUGGGAAGGCUGCCAGGGACAUGAUGUUCCGUGUGCUGGCCCUGGAGGAGCCCGGAGUCCGUGUGCUCAACUAUGCCCCAGGGCCUCUGGACACGGACAUGCAGCUCCUGGCCCGGAGCAAGACUGGGGACCCUGGGCUGCGCCAGCACUUCCAGAGGCUGCAGGAGCAGGGGCAGCUCAUCCCGAGCUCUGUGUCAGCCCAGAAGCUGCUCCAGCUCCUGCAGGAGGAUUCCUUUUCCUCUGGAGCACACGUGGAUUUCUUUGACAUCUGAGCCCCUCCGCCUUUGCCUCCCUGCUCUGCUUCCAGCUGAGCCUUUCCCCGGUGCCUCC